CAAGCAGCUGCUGAAAAAAACCAGGUCCCUGUAGAAGAAGCUCAGUGAAAGAGAGAGGAUGUGAUUCCCACAGCUUCAGACAGGAUUUUUUACUAGAGAAGGACCAUCUGAUUUUCUUACUCCUCCUACUCUGUAAGGUUCCAUUACAUCAUGAAGGUUAAUCUCACUGCCCCGGGUCUUUCCAAUGCAUCUUUGCCAUCAUCCUUGGAAAACAGCUCUGAUAUAAAUAGGCUCAGAGUCAUGCUUCAGAUCUUCUUCUAUGGGGUUAUUUUUCUACUUGGUUCCCUUGGCAAUGGAGCUGUGAUCUGGAUCACAGUCCGCCAGAUUUCACGGACCAUCAGCUGUGUCUGGUUCUUCAACUUAGCUCUGGCUGACCUUUUCUUCUCCAUGAGCCGUAUAGCACCUCUUAUAAAUGCUGCUGUGUAUGAAGGUUGGGCCUCUGGAACCUUUGCCUGCAAAGCCAACGGCUUCAUUAAAUAUCUCAACAUGUUCUGCAGUGUCUUCCUCUUAGCUGCCAUCAGCAUGGACCGGGCAGCUUGUAUAGCUUACCCAAUGUGGUCCAGAAAGCACCGUAACACUCGCUUGGCAUGGCUAGGUGCCAUUGGAGCUUGGUUCAUGGCCGUUGUCACAAGCGUCCCUUUCUACAUUUACCGUAAUGUGGACACUAGGAACAACCAAACCAAAUGCUUGGUUAUGCUACAGGAAGAUGGGCCAGUCAUAAAAGUGACUAUCUAUACAUUGAGAUUGAUAUGUGGGUUCUUGGCCCCCUUCACCAUCAUUGUGAUCUGCUACAGCAUCAUCAUUAUGGUGCUGAGAAGACGACAGACUUCCCUCCGCUCGAAGGCCUUCAAGGUCAUACUGGCUCUUGUGGUGACCUUCUUCUUCUGUUGGGCACCAUAUCACAUCAUAUACCUCCUUAGGUUGGCAGGAAUGUCUGGCACAGACCUCUCUUUGAUUCAUCUUUUUGCUGCCUUCCUGGCCUACCUCAACAGUUGUGCAAAUCCUGUCCUUUACUUCUUCAUGGGCAUGGACUUCCACAAAAAGCUGACUUUUUAUAACAUCACCAGGGCACUCAAGAAAAUCUUGCUUGAAGACGAGUUCGUAAUUCGAAAAUCCAGUGGUAACAAUACCGAACUGUCUUCCAUCCAUGAACAGGCAAAAUCCUCAGAAGUCUAUCAGAUGCACUGUGGAAACUCAAAACCUUAAACAUGAAGUAUUAUAUUGCCAGUGAAAUUUGAAUUUGUGUAUUUCAGUUGUUGUUUCUGUCCCACCCCCAGACCACCCCACCCUUAUAUUUUCUGGAUAUUUUGAAGUUACAAAUACUUGUAGGUGAGAUGGGCUGACAGAAAGCAGCCUUAUCUCCUGUCAUGAGCUACAAAACAUUGGUCUAAUUGUUUUGCAUUAGUUAAACAGGGUAUAUGAAAUCUGUGCAUCCAUAUUACCUCUUAGUCACAUCUGAACAUUUGUUUCUUUGGAGAUUUUUUUCAUCAGCAGCCUUAUCUUGGGCGAUCUCCAAUUUUAGCCAAACCACAGGCCACCAUGUAACCAUCUAAAAACAAUAGCUGGGGACAUACAGUGGUACCUCGGUUCACGAACUUAAUUGAUUCCAUGAUUCUGGUUGCAAACCGA